GGCAGUUUGGCAAUACUCUACAGUGGAAACAGAGUCGUCACACGUACUCGAAACUCGCGCUCGGCGGUCACCGAAUUGGCAUAGGCAGUAGGCACCUCGGCAGUUUCAGUCACGCCGCGAGAGACGCGUAUCGCCACAGUCCACUGUGCUGUGAUAUCAUCCAUUAUCACUAUUAAACCAUAAUCAUAGGCGACAUGUCGGAGGAGCACGCGCAGGCCGUAGAGGAGGUGACCCGGGAAGUGAAGGACGUCAAGUUGGAAAACGGGACGGCUGCGGGCGCGGCCAACGGCACACCGAGCAAGAAUGAAGACAAUGCUAUACCGUUUAAGGAUGCCUUUAAAAUGUUCUCAAAAUUUGGUGAUCCGAAGUCAGACGGCAAGCAGAUCACACUGUCCCAAAGCGACAAAUGGAUGAAGCAAGCUAAAGUGAUCGACGGAAAGAAAAUCACCACCACAGACACCGCUAUCCACUUCAAAAAGUUAAAACUCGUCAAGCUCGGUAUUGACGAUUAUCAGAAAUUCCUAGAAGACUUGGCAAAGAGUAAGAAAGUGGAACUGGAAGAUAUUAAGAAGAAGCUUACAACGUGCGGUCAGCCAGGUGUAUCAACACAUAUGACAAAAUCAGCCGCAGCGGCUGCUGCAGUCGAUCGGCUGACCGACACGAGUAAAUACACCGGCUCCCACAAACAACGGUUCGACGAGACCGGCAAAGGGAAAGGAAUAGCGGGAAGGAAGGACCUCGUCGACGGCUCGGGCUACGUCUCAGGCUAUCAACACAAAGACACGUACAAGUCUCAUUAGCUAUAGAUUUCUCCAUUAAAUUUACAUGUCUUAUCGUGGA